AUGGGGGCGUUCCUGGACAAGCCUAAGACAGAGAAGCACACAGCCCAUGGCCAGGGCAACGGGCUGCACUAUGGCCUGAGUAGCAUGCAGGGCUGGCGGGUGGAGAUGGAGGAUGCCCACACUGCCAUGGUGGGUCUUCCCCAUGGCCUCACCGACUGGUCCUUCUUCGCCGUCUACGACGGGCACGCCGGCUCCCGCGUCGCCAACUACUGCUCUGCCAACCUGCUGGAGCACAUCCUAUUAGGGGGGGCGGAGUUCACCCCGGGGAUGGGCUCAGUGGAGGGCGUGAAGGAUGGGAUCCGCGCCGGCUUCCUUAAGAUCGACGAGUACAUGCGCAGCUUCUCGGACCUCCGGCAGGGGCUGGAUCGCAGUGGCUCCACGGCGGUGGGCGUGCUGCUAAGCCCCUCCCACCUCUACUUCAUAAACUGUGGCGACUCCCGGGCCGUGCUGAGUCGAGAAGGACGAGUCGGAUUCUCUACACAGGUACAAUACUAUACAUUAGACCAGGACUCUCCAACCCUGUUCCUGGAGAGCUACCGUCAUGUAGGUUCACUCCAACUCUUAAUCUAGCGCACCUGGUUUUAAUAAUUAGCUGUUUUAUAAGCUGAAUCAGGUUAGUUACAACUGGGGUUGGAGUGAAAACCUACAGGAGGGUAGCUCUCUAGGAACAGGGUUGGAGAACCCUGCACUACAGUGCCUUCGGAAAGUAUUCAGACCCCUUGACCUUUUUAACAUUUUGUUAGGUGACAGCCUUUUCUAAAAUUGAUUUAAAUGUUUUUUUCCCUCAAUCUACACACAAUACCCCAUAAUGACAAAGCAAAAACAGGUUUUUAGAAAUGUUUGCUAAUUUAUUACAAAUAAAAAACAGAUUACAUUUACGUAAUUAUUCAGACUCUUUACUCAGUACUUUGUUGAAGCACCUUUGGCAGCAAUUACAGCCUAGAGUCUUCUUGGGUGUGAUGCUAUAAGCUUGGCACACCUGUAUUUGGGGAGUUUCUCCCAUUCUUCUCAGCAGAUCCUCUCAAGCUCUGUCAGGUUGGAUGGGAAGCGAUGCUGCACAGCUAUUUUCAGGUCUCUCCAGAGAUGUUCGAUCGGGUUUAAGUCCGGGCUUUGGCUGGGCCACUCAAAGACAUUCAGAGACUUGUCCCGAAGCCACUCCUGCGUUGUCUUGGCUGUGUGCUUAGGGUCGUUGUCCUGUUGGAAGGUGAACCUUCGCCCCAGUAUGAGGUCCUGAGUGCUCUGGAGCAGGUUUUCAUCAAGGAUCUCUCUGUACUUUGCUCCGUUCAUCUUUGCCUAGAUCCUGACUAGUCUUCCAGUCCCUGCCGCUGAAAAACAAUAUUUUGGUACCCUUCCCCAGAUCUGUGCCUUGACACAAUCCUCUCUCGGAGCUCUACGGACAAUUCCUUCGACCUCAUGCCUUGGUUUUUGCUCUGACAUGCACUGUCAACUGUGGGACCUUAUAAGACAGAUGUGUGCCUUUCCAAAUCAUGUCCAAUGAAUUGAGUUUACCACAGAUGGACUCCAAUCAAGUUGUAGAAACAUCUCAAGGUGAUCAAUGGAAACAGGAUGCACCUGAGCUCAAUUUCGAGUCUCAUAGCAAGGGGUCUGAAUACUUAUGUAAAUAAGGUAUUUCAAUUGUUUAUUUUUAAUACAUUUGCAAAAAUUUGCAAAAACCUGUUUUUGCUUUGUCACUAUGGGGUAUUGUGUGUAGAUUGCUGAGGAUUUUCAAAAAAAAUCCAUUGAAGAAUAAGGCUGUAACGUAACAAAAAGUGGAAAAAGUCAAGUGGUCUGAAUAUUUUCCAAAUGCACUGUAGAUAUACACAGGUACAAUACUAUACACUAGAUAUACACAGGUACAAUACUAUACACUAGAUAUACACAGGUACAAUUAUUUUUACCUCCUUUAGGACCACAAGCCGUGUAACCCCAGAGAGAAGGAGCGUAUCCAGAACGCAGGGGGAUCAGUGAUGAUCCAGAGGGUGAAUGGUUCCCUGGCCGUGUCCAGAGCCUUGGGGGACUAUGACUACAAGUGUGUGGAUGGGAAGGGUCCCACAGAACAGCUGGUCAGCCCAGAGCCAGAGGUGUGUGUGUGUGUGUUUAAAAUGCCUUUUGUUACUGUGGCAUGUUGAUUGGAACAGCUUCUAGUUCUUUCUCCUUGUUGAGGUGUGUGAUCUCUCCAGCUGAAAGUGUGUGUUCCUCCCCCAGGUGUGUGUGUUGGAGCGUGCUGCAGAGGGGGAUGAGUUUGUGGUGCUGGCGUGCGAUGGGAUCUGGGAUGUGAUGUCUAACGAGGAGCUGUGCGAGUUCGUCAGGUCCCGGCUACAGGUGUUUGACGACCUGGAGAGAGUCUGCAACGCCGUGGUGGACACCUGCCUGCACAAGGUACACACACUCACUCACACACACACACUCACACAUAUGUUUCUGCCACUGUCUCUUAUGACCGAAAAGAGCUUCUGGAUAUCAGAACAGCGAUUACUCACCUCGAGCUGGACAAAUAGUUUUUUUCUUUAAUGAGACAGACGCAAAGGAUUUACUGCUGCUACCGGACCAGGCCCAAAUCCCCAUCAUUCACAUGAAGAGAUGACACCGAGACAGGGGAUGCAGAUCCGGGUACCUUGUGAGAAUUCGUCGGCGAGUGGGUAACCCGCCUCUACCAUCUGUCCUAUUGGCCAACGUGCAAUCAUUGGAGAAUAAACUGGAUGAGCUCCGUUCGAGACUAUCCUACCAACUGGACAUUAAAAACUGUAAUGUGGCUGAACGACGACAUGGAUAAUAUACAGUUGGCUGGGUUUUCCGUGCAUCGGCAAGACAGAACAGCUACCUCCGGUAAGACGAGAGCCCACGAGUGGUCUGUAUCCAUUUGUCAAUAACAACUGGUGUAAAUCUAAUAUUAAAGACAUCUCUAGGUUUUGCUCGCCUGAGGUAGAGUACCUCAUGAUAAGCUGUAGACCACACUAUUUACCAAGAGAGUUUUCAUCUAUAUUUUUCAUAGCUGUCUAUUUACCACCACAAACCAAUGCUGGCACUAAGACCGCACUCAACGAGCUGUAAACGCCAUAAGCCAUAUAAAGCCAUAAGCAAACAAGAAAAUGCUCAUCCAGACGCGGCGCUCCUAGUGGCCAGGGACUUUAAUGCAGUAAAACUUAAAUCCAUUUUACCUAAUUUCUACCAGCAUAUAACAUGUGCAACCAGAGGGAAAAAAGCUGUAGACCACCUUUACUCCACACACAGAGACGCGUACAAAGCUCUCCCUCGCCCUCCAUUUGGCAAAUCUGACCAUAAUUAUAUCCUCCUGAUUUAUAUUCCUGUUUACAAGCAAAAUCUAAAGCAGGAAGCGUCAGUGACUCAGUCAAUAAAGAAGUGGUCAGAUGACGCAGAUACUAAGCUACAGGACUGUUUUGCUAGCACAGACUGGAAUAUGUUCCGGGGUUCAUCCGAUGGCAUUGAGGAGUAUACCACAUCAGUCACCGGCUUCAUCAAUAAGUGCAUCGAUGACGUCGUCCCUACAGUGACCGUACGUACAGUGGGGAAAAAAGUAUUUAGUCAGCCACCAAUUGUGCAAGUUCUCCCACUUAAAAAGAUGAGAGAGGCCUGUAAUUUUCAUCAUAGGUACACGUCAACUAUGACAGACAAAUUGAGAUUUUUUUCUCUCCAGAAAAUCACAUUGUAGGAUUUUUUAUGAAUUUAUUAGCAAAUUAUGGUGGAAAAUAAGUAUUUGGUCACCUACAAACAAGCAAGAUUUCUGGCUCUCACAGACCUGUAACUUCUUCUUUAAGAGGCUCCUCUGUCCUCCACUCGUUACCUGUAUUAAUGGCACCUGUUUGAACUUGUUAUCAGUAUAAAAGACACCUGUCCACAACCUCAAACAGUCACACUCUUAACUCCACUAUGGCCAAGACCAAAGAGCUGUCAAAGGACACCAGAAACAAAAUUGUAGACCUGCACCAGGCUGGGAAGACUGAAUCUGCAAUAGGUAAGCAGCUUGGUUUGAAGAAAUCAACUGUGGGAGCAAUUAUUAGGAAAUGGAAGACAUACAAGACCACUGAUAAUCUCCCUCGAUCUGGGGCUCCACGCAAGAUCUCACCCCGUGGGGUCAAAAUGAUCACAAGAACGGUGAGCAAAAAUCCCAGAACCACACGGGGGGACCUAGUGAAUGACCUGCAGAGAGCUGGGACCAAAGUAACAAAGCCUACCAUCAGUAACACACUACGCCGCCAGGGACUCAAAUCCUGCAGUGCCAGACGUGUCCCCCUGCUUAAGCCAGUACAUGUCCAGGCCCGUCUGAAAUUUGCUAGAGUGCAUUUUGGAUGAUCCAGAAGAGGAUUGGGAGAAUGUCAUAUGGUCAGAUGAAACCAAAAUAUAACUUUUUGGUAAAAACUCAACUCGUUGUGUUUGGAGGACAAAGAAUGCUGAGUUGCAUCCAAAGAACACCAUACCUACUGUGAAGCAUGGGGGUGGAAACAUCAUGCUUUGGGGCUGUUUUUCUGCAAAGGGACCAGGACGACUGAUCCGUGUAAAGGAAAGAAUGAAUGGGGCCAUGUAUCGUGAGAUUUUGAGUGAAAACCUCCUUCCAUCAGCAAGGGCAUUGAAGAUGAAACGUGGCUGGGUCUUUCAGCAUGACAAUGAUCCCAAACACACCGCCCGGGCAACGAAGGAGUGGCUUCGUAAGAAGCAUUUCAAGGUCCUGGAGUGGCCUAGCCAGUCUCCAGAUCUCAACCCCAUAGAAAAUCUUUGGAGGGAGUUGAAAGUCCGUGUUGCCCAGCGACAACCCCAAAACAUCACUGCUCUAGAGGAGAUCUGCAUGGAGGAAUGGGCCAAAAUACCAGCAAUAGUGUGUGAAAACCUUGUGAAGACUUACAGAAAACGUUUGACCUGUGUCAUUGCCAACAAAGGGUAUAUAACAAAGUAUUGAGAAACUUUUGUUAUUGACCAAAUACUUAUUUUCCACCAUAAUUUGCAAAUAAAUUCAUAAAAAAUCCUACAAUGUGAUUUUCUGGAAUUUUCUUUCUCAUUUUGUCUGUCAUAGUUGACGUGUACCUAUGAUGAAAAUUACAGGCCUCUCAUCUUUUUAAGUGGGAGAACUUGCACAAUUGGUGGCUGACUAAAUACUUUUUCCCCCCACUGUACAUACCCGAAGCCAUGGAUUACAGGCAACAUCCGCACGGAGCUAAAGGGUAGAGCUGCCGCUUUCAAGGAGCGGGACUCUAACCCGGACGCUUAUAAGAAAUCCCGCUAUGCCCUCAGACGAACCAUCAAACAGGCAAAGAGUCAAUACAGGACUAAGAUUGAAUCCUACUACACUGGCUCUGACGCUCCUCGGAUGUGGCAGGGCUUGCAAACUAUUACGGAAGCCCAGCUGCUAGCUGCCCAGUGACAUGAGCCUGCCUGAUGAGUUAAAUGACUUCUGUGCGUGCUUCGAGGCAAGCAACACUGAAGAAUGCAUGAGAGCACCAGCUGUUCCGUACGACUGUGUGAUCACGCUUUCCGUAGCCGACGUGAGUAAGACCUUUUUAAAUAGGUGAACAUUCACAAGACCACAGGACCAGACGGAUUACCAGGAUGUGUACUCAGCACAUGCGCUGACCAACUGGCAAGUGUCUUCACUGACUUUUUCAACCUGUCCCUGACCGAGUCUGUAAUACCUACAUGGUUCAAGUAGACCACCAUAGUCCCUGUCCCCAAGAAAGUCAAGGUAACCUGCCUAAAAUGACUACCGACCCGUAGCACUCACUUCUGUAGCCAUUAAGUGCUUUGAAAGGCUGGUCAUGGCUCACAACAACACCAUCUUCCCAGAAACCCUAGACCCACUCCAAUUUGCUAUUCCGUCCCUACAGAUCCACGGAUGAUGCAAUCUCUAUUGCACUCCACACUGCCCUUUCCCACCUGGACAAAAGGAACACAUACGUGAGAAUGCUGUUCAUUGACUGCAGCUCAACGUUCAACACCAUAGUGCCCUCAAAGCUCAUCACUAAGCUAAGGACCCUGGGACUAAACAUUUUACAUUACAUUUUAGUCAUUUAGCAGACGCUCUUAUCCAGAGCGACUUACAGUUAGUGAAUACAUAUUUUUUUUAUACUGGCCCCCUGUGGGAAUCGAACCCACAACCCUGGCGUUGCAAACGCCAUGCUCUAUCAACUGAGCUACAUCCCUGCCGGCCAUUCCCUCCCCUACCCUGGACGACGCUGGGCCAAUUGUGCGCCGCCCAUGAGUCUCCCGGUCGCGGCCGGCUGCGACAGAGCCUGGAUUCGAACCAGGAUCUCUAGUGACACAGUUAGCACUGCGAUGCAGUGCCUUAGACCACUGCGCCACUCAGGAGACUAAACUAAACACUAAACACCUCCCUCUGCAACUGGAUCCUGGACUUCCUGACAGGCCGCCCCCAGGUGGUAAGGGUAGGUAACAACACAUCUGCCACACUGAUCCUCAACACGGGGGCCCCUCAGGGGUGCGUGCUCAGUCCCCUCCUGUACUCCCUGUUCACCCACCACUGCGUGGCCAAGCACGACUCCAACACCAUCAUUAAGUUUGCCGACGACACAACGGUGGUAUGCCGAUCACUAACAACAAUGAGACAGCCUAUAGGGAGGAGGUCAGAGACCUGGCAGUGUGGUGCCAGGAUAACAACCUCUCCCUCAAUGUGAGCAAGACAAAGGAGCUGAUUGUGGACUACAAGAAAAGGAGAGCCGAACACUCCCCCAUUCACAUCCAUGAGGCUGUAGUGGAGCGGGUUGAAAGCUUCAAGUUCCUUGGUGUCCACAUCACCAACAAACUAACAUGGUCCAAACACACCAAGACAGUCGUGAAGAGGGAAAGACAAAUCCUAUUCCCCCUCAGGAGACUGAAAAGAUUUGGCAUGGGUCCUCAGUUCCUCAAAAAGUUAUACAGCUGCACCAUUGAGAGCAUCCUGACUGGUUGCAUCACCGCCUGGUAUGGCAACUGCUCGGCAUCCGACCGCAAGGCGCUACAGAGGGUAGUGCGUACGGCCCAGUACAUCACUGGGGCCAAGCUUCCUGCCAUCCAGGACUUCUAUACCAGGCGGUGUCAGAGGAAGGCCUUAAAUAUUCUCCAGCCACCGUAGUCAUAGAUUGUUCUCUCUGCUACCGCACGGCAAGCGGUACCGGAGCGCCAAGUCUAGGUCCAAAAGGCUCCUUAACAGCUUCUACCCCAAGCCAUAAGACUGCUGAACAGUUAAUCAAAUGGCUGCCCGGACUAUUUGCAUUGACACCUGCUGCUACUCUGUUUAUUAUCUAUGCAUAGUCACUUUACCCCUACCUACAUGUACAUAUUACCUAAAUUACCUUGACUAACCUGUAUCCCCGCACUUUGACUCGGUACCGGUACCCCCUGUAUACAGCCUCGUUAUUGUUAUUUUGUGUUACUUUCUUUUUACUUUAGUUUAUUUAGUAAAUAUUUUCUUAACUGCAUUGUUGGUUAAGGGCUUGUAAGUAAGCAUUUCACGGUAAGGUCUACACCGGUUGUAUUCAGCACGUGACAAAUAAGAUUUGAUAUGACACUAACCCUCUGUCUCUCUGUGUGUGUGUGUGUGUCCAGGGCAGUAGAGAUAACAUGAGUGUGGUGUUGGUGACUUUACCGGGAGCUCCCAAGGUGUCUGAACAAGCUCUGAAGAAAGAGGAGGAACUGGACAAAUACCUGGAGACACGUGUAGAGGGUGAGAACACACAGAUACACCCACGUCCUUUCUGAGAGCUUGGACACACUGCACCGACGAAGAGCUAAAAGCAGCGAGUGGCCGCCCCAUCGCUAGCUGUGUGUUUUAGCGAGCGAUGGCUGUUGGCGCCGAUUCAACAUGUAGAAUCUGUUCAGAGGCAACCGGCCGUCCAUCAUUCUGUUUCCACUCUAACCCUGUGUCUGUCCAUAGACUUGCUGGGUGGCUGUGGGGAAGAGGGAGUUCCUGACCUGGUGUGUAUUCUGAGGAACAUCGCCUCUGAGAACAUCCCCAACCUACCGCCUGGAGGAGGCCUGGCCAGCAAGUAAAUACUACACUCCCGCGCGCACACACACUCACACUGAAGAAGAAAAAUACUUUAUUGUCCAUUUUCUUUUCAAAUCACACGUCUCACCCUUCUUACUUUAUGAGAGGAUGAAAAAGACUGUCGUGAUUGAUUGAGAAGUUGUAUCAAUCAAUCUUCACACAUGCACACAAACGAGAAUGUCUAAUCUGUGUGUGUGUGUGUGUGUGUGUGUGUGUGUUCAGGCGCAGUGUGAUCGAGGCGGUGUACAGCAGGCUGAACCCACACAGAGAAGAGGAAGGGGUGAGUAACUCUUCUUUGACCCGUGACCUCCCACCUCCACAAUGACCCACUCCAGUCACAACAGCACCACCCUCUGGGCUGGGGUGUGAAUGGGCUUCGAGGACCGUCAAAUACCAAACGUGAUCAAAAUUGAGUAUUUGAUUGAGAGUCGAGACUUUGUUUCACAUGACAUUAAUACUGCUCCCUGAUGUUCCUGCUAUGUCCCAACCUUUUAGAAAAUCACACCAAAGCCCGGGACAUCUUAAAAACAUGAACUAGCAAUAUGGCGUAGUCUAGUCUGUCUUUACUCUGUUUUGGGAGUUGGGACUCGUAGUGGAGAGUGUGUGUGUGUGUCUGACGCUAGCGUGCGUGCGUGUGUGUGUGGCAUGGUGUUGCCCGGGCCAGGCCUGUGCUGGGGAGGUGGAGUUUGAGGGUGAGAGGGAGGAGGCAGCAGUAACACCGCCAACCUCUUGGAGGCGCUGCGUAUGUUCCGCCUGUACCACCGGGGUCAGUAUCACUCAGUGCUGGAGGAAGCUCUGGCCGUCUAACGUCUGCCUGGGGAAAAUACAGCCCACACAGGAGGAAUCCUCCUGCUUUACCGCAGAUUACCUCCCUGACUCCCCACCACCCUCCCCCCUCUCUCCCCCGCCUUCACCCACCGUUGUCGAGAUGCAAGACCCUCCCGGACGCAGAGGAAAGCAAAGGCACGGCCCCUCCAGCAGCUCCGGCAGACAUCGGCCAAUCAGAUCCUCCGGUGGUAGACAUUGGCCGAUUUUAGAUCCUCCGGCGGUAGACAUCGGCUAA